GCACUCUUUGAUAUAAACAUUUCAACAUUGAGAUAAGGGCAUCACAUCAAAAUAUAAAUAUUUCUAUGGAUAACAGUCGUCUUGAUUGCGAUCAUGGAUAGACGUCUUUUGUGGAUAUCCCUGGCAUCCAUUUUAGGACAGGCCACAUGUUUAUUAUCAGUUUCACCUCAGUCAUAUGACACUAUAGUCAUAGGACUGGGUUCAGCGGGCACCACAGCUGCGUCUACGUUAGCCAGAGCUGGUAAAAGAGUGCUGGCUUUAGAAGCGCAAGACAGAAUCGGUGGAAGGGUGUGGACUGUGCCCUUUGGAGAUGGAAUUGUGGAGGUUGGAGGCGAAUGGAUUCAUGGCACAGAGAACAGUAGUGUCUACGAACAGGCCGUCAAGAACAACAUAACGACUUUACUACAAGAGUCAACGUUUAAAGUGUACAAGUCCGAUGGUAGCGAGGGCAGCACGGAGCUGAUGAAGGAGCUGGUGUACUUCUGUUUGGACGCUCAGGAGGAUCCGCCGGAGACUCCUCAGACGAUUGGGAAGUUUUUGACCAGAAAAUUGAAAGAAUACCUCAAAGACAAGCAUCCAGACCUUCUGGAAGACCAGGCUUUCCUGAACGAGUUCCUGGACAUCAUGAACUAUAUCAUUAACAGUCUAGAAGCUUCUAACGACUGGGACGACGUGAGCUUGCAGUCGACCUAUGAAGAUCUUGGCGGGCCCAAGACUAUGAGCUGGCAUCGACAUGGAUACAAGACUUUCUUUGAACUAUUGUUGAACACAUACAACAACGGUCCAGGUUUGCCAACCUUAGAAAUAAAACUGAACACGGAGGUGACACAAAUAAAAUGGCCGAAGGACUCGACGGGUAAAGUGGAGGUUGUCUGCAAAGAUGGCACCGUAUAUACAGCUGAUAAUGUCAUAGUUACCGUGUCACUUGGAGUAUUGAAAGAAAGAUACUCAACCCUUUUUUCACCACCGCUUCCCGAAGACAAAGUUACCGCCAUAGACAAAAUAGGCAUUGGCGUGGUGGGGAAGACCAUCUUCUCAUUCCCAGAACCAUGGUGGCCUGAUGUGAACAUGUUUAUGUUCUUCUGGAAUGCUGAGGAUCGGGAGGCGUAUAAACAGGACCCAUGGAUGUUGAAGAUUAAACAAAUAUUUAGGCCUAUGGGAUCGAGUAAUACUUUAACUUUGUGGGCCAAUGGGGAUGAAGCUAAACUGAUAGAAACACUGCCAGAGGAUGUUGUGAAGAGUAAAAUGAUGCAACUUUUGCAAAAGUUCAUGGGCAAAAAUGUGACUAUACCAGAACCAACUGGUAUGAUAAGGUCUCAAUGGUAUUCCAACCCUUUCACACGUGGCUGCUACUCCCAUGACACAGUUCCUCAAAUGGUGGAGUGCCCAAACGCUCGAGAGACGCUAGCGGAGCCCCUACUGGACUCUGAAGGGAGCCCUAAGGUGCUGUUUGCUGGCGAGGCCACGGAGUCCAAACGGCACGCCACGGUGCAUGGUGCUAGUGACUCAGGGAUGAGAGAGGCGAGGAGAUUGUUGAUGACAUAAGCCUUAAGUCUUAAAGUGCAUGACUCGGGCCUGCCCGCGAAAUUCAAAUUUUAUUUGGUAUUUCACAAUUUGUUAGCUAAUACGACAAAGUAGGCUUAUGGCGUUCUAAUUGCGCCAAUGGCAGUAUCAUUCCUACAUG